AUGUCAGAUAACAAGACUGUAUUCGUCGGCAACUUAAACUACAAGACACAGCCAGCACAAAUGGGCCCAGCUUUCGAGAAGUUCGGCAAGGUCGCUAAGGCUCGUGUUAUCACAAGAAGAUUCCGUGGCCAGAUCAUUUCCCGUGGUUUCGGCUUUGUUGAGUUCGAAAACGCUGCUGACGCUGCCAAGGCUAUUGCUGAGUGCGAGAAGACUAAGCUUGUCAUCGAUGAACGUGAAGUUAAAGUUGUCGCCUCCAAGCCACCAGUCAAGAAACCACGCUUAACAGCCUUCCUUGGUGGAGUUCUUGAUUCCACAACUGAGGAGCAAAUCCGCGCUAUCUUCCCAACAGCUAAGGAAGUCUCCAUCCACCCACCAAAUAACAACCGCCGUGGUUUCGCUUUCGUCAAGUUCGAGACAGAAGAUGCCCUUAUGGCCGCUAUCAAGAACCUCCGCGAAACCAAGAUCGGAGAAGCCACAGUCGUCAUCAGAAUUGCUCACCCACAGUUCCGCAGACCAUCCACAAGAAGGUACCGCCGUGCCCCAGCUAAGACUAACCCAGUUAGCGAGUAA